CUUUUUGAAGUUCUUUCCUUGUAUAUACAUAUCACAUCCAUCAGUUCAUUGCCUGCAGACACUGUACUUCUGCAAGAUUCUGUCUACUAGUAGUCUAGUAGUACUUCUGAACAAAAUCUGCCCUCUUCUCUCUCCACCUCUCCAAGUCCAGAAGGACCAGAACAAGAAUCCUUGUCCCAAUUCCUGUUUUUAGCUCUCAGACUUUGAUGGCUUCAAAUAAUAGAGCUUGUUACCCACCUUGGAGUCAUUUUAGUGAAAAUAAUGGCUCUAGGCCAUCGGAUCCUGUACAGCCUGUUCUUGAUGUCCUCCCCCUUCAAUGUUUAGCUCCAUCUGGACCUCCUCCAAAUAUGAAUGCUACUUCAACCACCAAAAGUGAUGAUUCUUCAUCAUCAGUUGAAAUCAAUCCUGGCCCUUCCUUUGGAGAACUUCCUGCUAUGGUAUUUCUUUCUUCCCUUCCAACCAAUGAAGAGUGGAAUAACAUCAUAACUGCCACUAAAAGUGGAGUGGCACUUACUGGAAGUGCUGCAAUGGGAAAAGUUGGACCAGCCAUAGGAUCAGUGGACAUUGGUGAAUCUGAGGAUGAAUAUUUAUUUCGUGUUUCCCUCCCUGGUGUUGUUAGAGAUGAAAAAAAUUUCACAUGUGAUGUUCAACAUGAUGGGGAAAUAACAAUAACAGGACUGACAUCAACUGGAGGAAAAAUGGUUCGGAGGGACUCCAUGGUUUUUGAGAUGCAAACACAAAAUCUAUCUCCACCCGGGGAAUUUUCCAUCUCGUUCCAGCUACCAGGGCCAAUUGAUUAUGAGAAACCAAUUAAAGGUGUCUUUGGAUCUGAUGGAAUUUUUGAAGCAACUGUUAAGAAAAGGCCAUCAAAAGGACGAAGAGUGAUAUGAAUCCUUCCAAAUCUUGGCCAACGUACUAUCUAGUUUGGCAUCUCAGGAAAAUGAACCUGCUUUACUGAUGGAUAACAACAUGGUUGAUAGAAGCGAUUAAGGUUAUAAACAGGCAAUUGAUUACUGCAAGCUCACAUCUGUUUUUGUUGUUCUACAUUUUAAAUACUCUACAUUAGACAGCAAAGCCUCUUAGCUUCUUGAAACAUUGUUAAAUGCUGUUGUACUUUAGCUUCUUAAAACAUUGUUAACUACCAUUGUACUUUAGACCCUCUCAUUUGUAGAUUAUCUUUUAGAUAUAAACUAGUCCAGACCUAUCUAUGUUCUUGCA